AUUUAUUUUCUUUGAGGUCUGAGAAGCUGAUGGGGUGUGGAUCUUCAGGACUCACAAAUUUCAUCUCUGUGUCUCCUCUGCUCUCUCUCUCUAACUUCGGUUUGCUUACCGUUGCAACCCACCAAGAGGGACCUGCUCUUUGCUGAUGCAUUCCUCCACAAUCUGAUUGGAAGGGACUCUCACGGUACAUGUUCUUAAAUUCUCUCUGCAAGCUUAUUUAGGAAAACGAUUAGAGAUGGAGAACACAUGCAAAGAGGAACCAGACUCUUUACCAACUGGGGUUUUCGAGCUAUAUGGGGAACCUGCUAUUGUUAUAAAUGGUGUGCCUCCGUUGCCUUCAAAUAAUGAAACUCUAGUCCCCUGCGACAUUGGAAGGGACGCUGAAUCACACAGGAAUGCAGGUUUCGGCGAAUGGUUGAAGGGAAGAGAGGUUCGAAAGUUGUUUGGUGAUCAGUUUUAUAACGGAAAAGUAACCGAGUUUGACAAAGAAGCCGGUUGGUACAGGGUGGUAUAUGAUGAUGGUGAUGUUGAAGAUCUCGAGUGGCACGAGUUGGAAGAAGUGCUCCUGCCUCUCGACAUUACGCUACCAUUGAAAGGAUUGGCACUGCAGAUCAUUCGGAAGAGACAGAGACCCACACAGAGAUCCGGAAAGACCUUAACUAAAUCUAGAAAUCAUUGAGCCAGACUCAACUCACGGCAUGUGUUGUAAUUUUUAGAAGAUGCUCAAUUUCUCAUCUGGAAUUUAGAUGCUAGACAAGCUGUACAUGUAUUCACAGUAUGCGAUGUAAAUUUUUGUGUCUCCUCUUACCCUCCCUUCCAAGGGUGGUGAGGGGAUAUAUGAUAACCUGGUUUCCCUGUUCAAAGUUCUGUAAGAAACCAGUUUGCUGAUCUAAAAUAUAAGGUAUGGCCUAGUCAAAAAAGGACUUUGCAAUUGAGAUGAGCCGGCUCAUUUAUUUUUUAA